AUGGACCAACCGCGGCAUUUUGACGACUUGGCGGACGAGCUCAUUCAGGACAUCCUUUCGUUUCUUCUGGGCUUCGAGUAUCCCUCCCUCGAAGCCUCCCCUACGACUUCGCAUGGUUCCUCGACUCCACUGAAUGCCCCACCCCCCCAUGUAUACGGUGAGAAGUCUGAGUUGGACCGGUUCCGACUCGUCUGCCGAAGGUUCAUGCGCAUCGGCACACCGCAGAAAUUCCCUCGCUUUGUGCUGCGGUUCUCGUUGGAUGGAUUCCGGAGGCUAGAGGAACUUUUGAGCAUGCAGCUAGCCUGCCAUGUUCGGAAUUUCACGUACAUGGUGCGACCCUUCUACCAAGGAAGCGGUUGGCCCGAUGUUCUAGAGACGGUUGAUACUGACAAUUUUCCUCUCUCGUCGACCCACCGACGUCGCCUUCACGAGCAGAAACGUAUCGUCGAGGCGAGUCACGAUUUGUUAUAUCUGCGCCGCGCGAUCGGAGCAUUCACAUCCCUGCAGCAGGUCAAGUUGCUGCGAUUGCAGGAUGAGGCGGAUGAACAAAUUCUGGAUCGGAUUCACGAACACUCAUUGGGAGGAACAACGCGACUGGACUGGGAGCCAGCGUGCACCAGAGCCGUCACCAAUUUGAGCAUCGCCCUCUUGGAUUCGAAUUGUGACGCUGUUCGAUUCGUCGGGCCACAGAUCAGCCCAGAGGCGACUGCGAAACUGUUACAAGCACCAUCAACCAGUCUCGCCGCACUGGGGGCUCGGUUGACGAGCCUAGACAUUACUUUUUCUUCUACUUUGGAUCUGUCCACGCGCAUGGACACCUUAUGCAAUGUCUUCUAUGAUUUUUUCCUGGCCGCCAAAAACCUCACCGCGAUCCACCUAGGCUUUCCAGCCCAUGCACCGAUCGCCCUGCCGCUCGAACACAUCUUCCAUCGCCUGCAAUGGAAGCGACUCCGCACGCUGAGCAUCCAAGGCUGGCGCCUGGGCUCAGACGAGCUGAUGGCUCUCAUCCGCCGCCAUCGGCGACCGUUGCGAGAUCUUCGGCUCUCCGGCAUCUACCUCCGCCCGGGCGGACGCUGGCGCGACAUUCUCGUGCUGCUCCACGACGAGAUGGACCACCUCGAGCGCCUCGAUCUCCGGGAGAUCGACUACACGAACCACUUCGACGCCCACGGCCACCACAAUCACAACCAUGCACCCACCGCAACCAACGGCAACGGAGCCGGUGGCUCCCACACGCCGACGACACUCGCCAUCGUUGUGCAGCCCACGCCCCAUUCCCCCUCGCGCGACGCCGUCCUGAACGUGGAUUCUCUGUCGUUCGCGCCGCGCGGCAGCACGCGCCGCUCCUUCGACCGCUCGACCCUGGAGCAAUUGCGCACCUACACUCCCGAGGAUCUAGGCGAUACGGGCGUCAGCGUACGCCAGGACCAGUGGUUAUUCUGGAAGGCGUGGGUGCUGUCGAGUGCACGAAGUAAUGUCCAUCUGAGGGGCUAA